ACUGAGCAACAAUGGAAGCAGUAUAUGUGCUUUCACAGUUCCACCUAUACCUACCUUAUAUAGACUUUUGGAUGUUUUUAUUUCUCAGAUUUUACCUGGAGGAGCGCAUCCAUCGGAGGGUGCAGAGAAUGCAGAAUCCGUUCCUUAUUUCUUUAUUCUCCUCCAUUCGUACCAAAAAUCAACUCUGCUUUGCAGUGGAAUAUGCAGAGGGAGGUACGUUGGAAUCCCAGCUGAGCCGAAAUGCCUUAUCGCUGGAAAGAUCUAUCUUUUAUUCCGCCUGUAUUGUCCAAGGUGUAAAAUUCUUACACGAUAACAGGAUUGUACAUAGGGAUUUGAAUCCACGGAACAUUCUUCUGGACGGCCAAGGUUACGCAAAAGUAGCAGGUUUUGGGCUCUGCAAAGAAGAAAUUGGAUAUAUGAACAGAUUCCAGAGCCACUGCGGAACUUUGCACUACAUGGCCCCAGAAAUGUUGACAGACGACUCCUGUGCCAGAUCAGUGGACUGGUGGGCUGUUGGUGUGAUUAUAUACCAGAUGCUUGUGGGCAAGCUGCCUUUUACAGGACAGGAUACUGAGGUAAUAAAGAAUAAAAUCCUCAAUGAAAGCCCAGUAUUCCCACCAGACCUGGCUGACAACGCCAAGCUGAUAAUACUAAAACUCUUAUGCAAAGAAGCCAAAUACCGACUUGGAUCAAGAGAAGAAGAUGCCCAAGAAGUCAUGGAAAGUCCUUUAUUCAGGGGAUUAGACUGGGGAGCCUUAAUGGAAAAAGAAAUCCAGCCCCCAUUCAUUCCCCAAUCUGUGGAACCAAAGAUAAAGAAGGAAGAGCCACAGAAUGUAAGGGACAUUGCACUGAAGGCUUCUGAGAAGAAAAAGAAAUCGGUGAGGUUCUGCUUGAUGGAACCACAGAACGCAGGAGAAUGCAGCAGUGUCGCCGCUAUUGAUGAUUUCGACCUACAGCUGCAACUGCGCGCUGGUUCUUUUGUAAAGACAUAUCGAGCUGAACACCGAGCAACAGGGAGGAUUGUUGUUAUUAAAGCUCUACAGAAAUUACCUGAGACUGAUGAGGAAGAACACAGAAGGUGA